AUGUCGUACCCGGGCCGCCAUCCCUCAGAUCGAGGCGAAUCGUCAGGCGGUCCGGCGGACGCCCACAGCAGCAGCUGGACCAAUGGCGCGGGAUCCGCGCUGCUGCCACGUGUACGGACACGUGGCAGUCCGGCGACGGGUGCAGCACCAAGCAAAUCGUUAUCUGCGAACGACCACGUGGCUGCACUCCCAUCGUCCCCCGGAGCGGAUCCCCCUUAUAAGAGCUCCGACAUCGCAAAUAAGAACGCAGAUUCGAAAGCUUCGCCGCCUGAUCUCCCCUCUAGAAAUAGUGUUGACCUACCCACUCGCGCUCAUACCAUGAACGAUGCUCUUUCUUCCUCUGCUUCGGCUCUCCCUCCCUCUACCCUAUCCUCCUCUGCUCUCCCGUCGACCGCGAAUCACAUUCAUGCUGUCCAAUCUGCGCCGGACAGCCUCCCCUUGGAACCCGGAAAAUCCGGGAAACCACGUAGGCCUGUUCCUGGCCAGAUGACGCCUCUCGCGGCGCUCCUCGGGUCGCCGCAAACCGCGGGGAUCGCGCUCUCGGGUCCCGACGCGUCGCCGCCCCCCAUGCUGCUCCCCUCCCCGCCCGUUUCCCCCGUCGGGAACAGCUGCGCGGGGGAGGGGGAAACCUCCACAUUUCUCCCCCCCGACGACGCCGCCUCCGCGGGGGCGGGAAGAAGGGCUCCCCGCCGUGCGGGGUCGUGGCGGGUUUCCGAGAGCGCGGGGCGGGCGGAAGGGGCGGGCGGAGGCGGAUUGGACUCCCCCCACGGGGUGGCGGAAGGGGAAGCGGGGGAAGCGGGGGGGGCGGGGGAGGGGGGGUGUUUCUACGAGUCGGUGCGCGUGCCGCGCGACGUGGUGCGCGUGUGGCAGGACUGCUGGCGUGGCGCGUGGCAGGCUGACGUGGAGAUCCGAUCCGCCGUGGAUGGCGGGCUGGUGCUCGCGCAGGGCGCCGUGCUGGUGAGAUUAUUCAUUGCUUCAUAG